GGAGUUUUGCAGGAGCUUUAAUCGGCCUCUAGGUGUCACGAUGGGGCUCCCAGUCCAGGCGGCUGGCGGGGGGUGUUUGUCUCCCUCUAUCGUUAUCGAAAAUUUAGCAAAAAACAUUUAUAACCCAGAAGUUCGGGCUUCAGCCCGAUUAUUAAGCACUAUUGAAACUAUAUCAGACCGCAUUUUACCAAGAUGCCAUUAUUUAACGCCAGGAUGUUUGCUUCAAUCUUUAGGCCAGGCGUCCAUUUUCUGUUUCUUCUCUUUGUUUCCUGUCUUUAGAAACCCGCCGUUUCUGCACGCGCACUUAGCCAACCAGCUAAUAUACCUCUUAAAGUUGACUAGUUUCCAACCAUACAACGACCAAACAGUUUAGGAAAAGCUCCUAAAUUCACAAACGUCAAUUUCGCGAGGUUUUACUCUUGAUAUGUGCUAUUUUAAGCCACAAAACAUAUUUUAGCUCGCGCCUAUCGCCCUGUUCGCGCCCCUCCUCGAGCAGUUAAAUUCAAACCCGAGACGAUGAAACAUUGACCCGGUUUGGCGAUAAUAAAGUCCCAUUACGACGGCCUCGGUUCGCUCUUUGGUCCUUAUCACUCCUGGAAGCCCAAAUAACGGGGUUGCGUCUAAAUUAAAUAACAAAUAAAUUCGUCUUUUAUGAUUUAGCAUCCGUUCUGCCGCCGAUGCUAGCGUAUUGCGCAGAUUAAAAUCAAACGAGGAAGAUGCCGUUGCUAAACUAUACCGAUAGCCAUUUUCGAUUAGUAAGACCGAGCCUCGCCGUACACUCCCCGAAUCCCAGAGAUUAUCGCCUGAAAACAGCCGAAUCGCCGCAGUCGUCGGUCUCGGUGCGACCGCUCACUCUUAUUGAAAGACUAACCUCAAGCAACAAACGACUGAAGGGAUAAAAACUGUAGAGAGCUCCCUCUACAACCCGACUGGUAGUGGUACAAAAACACGAUUAACCAUCGCAGAAUGCCCUCUUGCUGUGGAAAAUCAUAAGGGUGUUUUAAAACGUGUGAAGGUUGAGCUAGGUAGUAAGAAGCAGAGUUGAGACAGUUAGCACCUUCAUCGGAGGCAGACAGUAGUGGAGGCAGGGGUAGAGAGAUGAAGUAUUCCUUUUUGAUGCAGGUUGAUAGCAGCCUGUCUGAGUGUGUGUAUGUAUUACCCAUGGAAGGGGGACCGACUGAGGCAGUGGUGGAAGAUGCUGGGGAUGCUUUCAAGGCCAAGGAAUGCAAGACAUACCAAAGGCGUCGAGAAGAUGAGGAAGUGGGAGCUGAAUUGCUGCAGGCUGCUGGGUUAGAGCAAGCCCAAGUUGAAGGAGAGCCUGUGGUGGAGGCCCAGCAACAGUUGGUCGAGAGUGUAGUUAAUGUCAACAGCAGUGUGGAGAUGAUGGUGAUGGACUCCCUGGACCCUGCCCUGCUCCAGAUGAAGACAGAAGUCAUGGAGGCUGCUGUCGGAGCACCUGUUGGUGCUGCCCAUGAAGCCACUGUUACAACUGUCGAUGACACUCAGAUCAUCACCCUGCAGGUGGUGAACAUGGAGGAGCAGCAGUUGGGCUUGGGAGAGCUGCAGCUAGUGCAGGUGCCUGUUUCUGCUGUGCCCGUCACUGCUGCCACUGUGGAAGAGCUGCAAGGGACACUGGUUGACGCCACUGCCAUGCCUAAAGAUGGGGAGCCGGUCAUCUGUCAUACCCUGCCUUUGCCGGAGGGCUUCCAGGUGGUCAAGGUGGGUGCAAAUGGAGAAGUGGAAACUGUGGAGCAAGAUGAGCUCCAGGCCCAAGAGGAUCAGCCUCCACAGCAGGAGGAGGAGGAGAUGGCUGAAGCCCAAAAUGAAGACCCCACAUGGUCCAAAGAUCCAGAUUACACACCCCCUGUUAAAAAGGUUAAGAAGACUAAGAAAAGCAAGCUGCGCUACAACACGGAGGGCGAUAAAGACAUGGAUGUGUCUGUGUAUGACUUUGAGGAGGAGCAGCAGGAGGGACUGCUCUCUGAAGUCAAUGCUGAGAAAGUUGUGGGUAACAUGAAACCGCCCAAACCAACUAAAAUCAAGAAGAAAGGUGUUAAGAAGACAUUCCAGUGUGAGCUGUGCAGUUACACCUGUCCGCGCCGUUCCAAUCUGGAUCGCCACAUGAAGAGCCACACGGAUGAGAGGCCUCACAAGUGCCAUCUUUGUGGACGAGCCUUCAGGACUGUGACGUUGCUGAGGAACCAUCUCAACACCCACACAGGCACCAGACCACAUAAGUGUACUGACUGUGACAUGGCCUUUGUCACCAGUGGAGAGCUGGUGCGACACAGACGCUACAAGCACACUCAUGAGAAACCAUUCAAGUGCUCCAUGUGUGACUAUGCCAGUGUCGAGGUUAGCAAGCUGAAGCGGCACAUUCGCUCCCACACUGGAGAACGUCCGUUCCAGUGCAGUCUGUGCAGCUAUGCCAGCAGAGAUACCUAUAAGCUUAAGAGACAUAUGAGGACCCACUCAGGAGAGAAGCCCUAUGAGUGCUAUAUCUGUCAUGCUCGUUUUACUCAGAGUGGUACUAUGAAGAUGCACAUUCUGCAGAAGCAUACAGAAAAUGUGGCAAAAUUUCACUGCCCCCACUGCGACACAGUUAUUGCUCGCAAGAGCGAUCUCGGUGUGCACCUCCGUAAGCAGCAUUCCUACAUUGAGCAGGGCAGGAAGUGUCGUUACUGUGAUGCGGUGUUCCAUGAGCGCUACGCUCUCAUCCAGCAUCAGAAGUCUCACAAAAAUGAGAAGCGCUUCAAGUGUGACCAGUGUGACUAUGCGUGCCGUCAGGAGCGUCACAUGGUCAUGCACAAGCGCACCCAUACUGGGGAGAAGCCAUACGCCUGCAGCCAAUGUGAGAAGACUUUCAGGCAGAAACAGCUCCUGGAUAUGCACUUUCGGCGCUACCAUGACCCCAACUUUGUACCCACAUCCUUUGUUUGCACCAAGUGCGGCAAGACCUUCACUCGCAGGAAUACUAUGGCCAGACAUGCAGAGAACUGCACUGGUAUGGAUUCUACUGAUGGAGAGAAUGGAGCUCCACCUAAAAGGGCUCGUGGUGGCAGAAAGAGGAAGAUGCGCUCUAGAAAGGAUGAUGAUGACGAUGAUAGCGAUGAGCAUGGAGAUCCUGACCUUGAUGACAUUGAUGAAGAAGAAGAGGAUGAGCCUCUUGAUGAUGAGCAGAUGGAUGUGGAACAGGCUCCACCCAGCGUUCCCAUCCCCGCACCAGCUGAACCUCCUGUCAAGAGGAAACGGGGCAGACCCCCCAAGAACGCAGCCAAGGCUUCUCCUACAAAGUCUAUCGCCAAAACCACCACAGCAGCUGCUGCCAUUAUCCAGGUGGAGGAUGAAAGCACAGGGGCCAUUGAGAACAUCAUUGUGAAGAAGGAGCCUGAGGGCUCUGAUGCAGUUGUAGCUGCCCAGCCAGUGGUAGAGGAAGUGGAGGCAGUCGAAGCGGGUGUAGAAACAGUGCAGCUAGCUGUCCCUGAAGCUGCACCGAACGGUGAUCUUACUCCUGAAAUGAUCCUUAGCAUGAUGGACCGGUGAUCUGGGGAUAUGUGUGCGCACACAGGCUGAUCACACAUGCUUGCAUAAAUGCACAUCCCCAUAUGUGUCCCCUGAAUAUAUAUAUAUAUAUAUACACAUGCUCAUAUACUUUUUUCUUUUUCCCCCCUCACCUCCUUUAAUUCCACGCUAAGUCCUCAUGUCCUGCAUCAAAUUUCUUAAAGACUCCAUUGUUCCACUACCUUUUCCUAUAAAACCCUUCUUACAUUUUGUCUUCUCAUGACGGAUCACAAAGCUGCGCUUUUCUACUGUUUCUAUCACACCAGUAGUUCAACUGCUGAGGGUUUUUUUUGUUUUGUUUUUUUGCUGUGUACUUUGUAUGUGGAGAGGCCAGAUGAUUUUUUUUUGAGACUGUCUGAGGAAUGUCUCUGACAUUACAUGGUAAAAUACAUGCAUCUAGACUUUUCUUUACCCAGAUAACCUUCUGUCUUCAUUUGUAAUUUCAAAUCUCACAUUACCAUGGCAAUAUUGAGAAACAAUAUCAUUUUGUGCCUGGUCAAGCCUUGAUAUCUAGAAUCGCUGUCACUGCUGUAGAAAAUCCUCUCAAUGUUUGACAUCAAUGAUGACUUUUAUUCGCUGUUUGUUCCUCAUGUGCUCUUUCACUGGUCACAGAUGAUAAUGUUAGAGAGCGUAGAAAUGUAGCCGCCUAAUUAUCAAGCCAGGGACGAUGACAUCCAUCCAUAUGUUAAAAAAAAAAAACCCUGCGGUUGAUAAAUUUGUACAAAAAAGGUCAUCUUGGCUAGUCUUGCUUGUAAAUAAUUUUUAUUUUCUGUUUUAUUAUGAACAUUUUAAUCUUUUUCUAGUGAAUUGAUGACCUUGAAUGCUAGGGCAAUGGCUUUUAACAGUAGUUGUUUGGAAACAUGCCAUUGAAGGCUUUCAAAUUACUUGUGGGGCAAAAUAAAAGCCUGAACAAUCAUGUAGGCUGCAUAACCCCUUUUCUUUCUGUCCCUCUGUCGCUUGAAUCGUUGCAUUUGAGUCUGCUCAACUCGCUUGAUGGGGAGGGGUUGCUUAUUCUUUUUCCGAGAGAGUGGCUUUAAUAUUGUUCCACCUGACGAAUAGGCUUCCUUGUUGGAUUUUGUUCUAGCUUUUGUAAAAGGAGGAAAAGGGACAGAACUGGGCAGGUACAGCAACAUGCAUGUCUCCAAUCUUUUUGAUCUGUUUUGAUGUGGUCGUGAUCACAACAACCACCCCUAAUAUUAAAUAAACUAUGUGACCCGAGUUGUUAGUUUCAUGGGAUUUUGGAAGGAGACUUAAAAGUUUACAAUAGGUUUUUCAGACCACAUUUAAUUUAAGAAGUUUAAUACGAGUGUUCGAGGAAGCUAUUUUGAUACGAACUGUUUCUAGAAGAGGAAGCUUGGAUGGGAUAUUUGUAAAAAGUUGUCACUUGUUCAAAAGAGCAAUGUCCUUAUUUCUGAUUAUUUGUUUUUCUGAUUCAGAAUGAAGUUUUCCUCCAACAUGUAAUUGCAUUUAAAUUGCUUUCUUUUUUUAAGCUCUUAAAAUUCUAGGUUAAUGCUUUUUUUUUUGUUUUUGUUUGUUUUUUUUAACCUAGCUGUACUGUUUGAAUUUUACAAUGGUCAGAAAAAACCAACCUUAUAAAGACAUUUAUUAUGGCUGGGUGGGGUAUAGAGGGCCUAUAAGGUAAGAUGGUGUGGAGAAUGUAUUGCUGUACAGCUAAUAAAAAAAUAUUGUCCUAA